AUGGCCUCUCCAACGGAAGCCUCGAAUCAUCCUACUGGCAAAGGAGUUGACAAAACAACCAUUGAGAAACACGAUGGGAAUGAACAUAUCGGCACAGACAAUUCCAAAAAGGCAGAGACAGAUAAUGAGAAAAGAAUGCCUCGAAACCUCGAUAAUUGGUUGAAAAGUAGUAACAAGCGGCCUUCGACGUCGUCGGGGCGCGAUCAACCAAGCCAAAUAAAUACUGAAGCUCAAGACUCUGAGUCUGACGAGGUUGACAAAUUUUCCCAGACAGCCGCAGCGACGGGAUCUUUCAGUACCCCUACAGAGAAUUCAGGCUCAGCCGACUUAGACAUCGAGCGUCCAGAACAACUGGAUCAGGGAGGGAGACCUUUGGAGACUGAUAAAAGUCAAAUGAGAGACCAAUCCACUAGUAAGAAACCAAAACAAAGUGGAACGGGGUCUUCAUUGAAUAAACCUGAAGGAGCCUUUCCUGAAGUCUACUGUAAAUUCAGCUCAUGGCCAGGCUGCUGUCGAAUAGUCUUUGGCUAUGGAGAGCCUGGGAAAGCAAAGUACGAGAUUGGAGAUCCAAAAGAAUAUACACAAAUGGAUCUGGAUAGCUUGCCACUGAUAUCUGGAAAGAAGGAAUCCAUCUUGGACAUUCGGAUCAAUGGUGCCCGUUUAUACGGGCGUCGCAACAUUGGAAAAGUAACCAAUGUAGCUUCUCUUACACCCAAUCCGGAUCGAGAACGGAAGCCACGGGUCACGAAGACCGGCAAAAUCAUACAAGUCUCCCCCCCUAUGCUUAUCAAGAUAAAAUGGGUUGACAUACAGGAAAUUCAUCGUGCGGCGCUCCUGAGCGACCAAGAUUGGAAUAUUCGGAGUAACAUAACGAAACGGCUCAAACAGAAAGACCACGCUUGGCUUGAUGAGCAGAUUAUUGAUGCUGCCAAGGCACAAGACAAAUCUUACGAGGAAUGGGCCGCGGAAAAGAGGAUCGAUAGUGAAAAAAGACCACCGACUUACUUUCCGGGGAAGGGUGGCUCUGCCAGCCGAUCGCGGGCAGCAAAACAACCCACCACAGCUCAGGGCGCCCAUGCUGCGACGAAUCAAAACGACCGGGUCCAAUCAAAUGAUGGACAGUCUCUGAACACGAAAAAGCGAAAAGCGGAUUCCGGGAUCGAGCGUCUGGGCCAAGACCGCCGAAUGAAAUUCCAACACAUUCCGAACCCGCCCAGCAAGCUCAUCGACUACAAUGCAUACCUUUUGACUUGCAUGAUGGAUCAGAAGCUUACGCACGAGAAGCUCAACGAUGAUCCGGAGGGGUAUAAAGCCGCAAUGGAUAAGAUCGAGAUCGACUGGGAGGAAUACAAAAAAUUGAUGCUUGAUAGUGGCUACAAGAUAUGCCCGGGAGGCGAUCGAAACACUCAAGCGUAG